AUGGUUCAAUUCGUAAUCCUUGGCAGAGGACGUCAACACGACACCUCCGACACCCCCGAGCUCUAUUCUGCUACGCUUCAAACCCCCCAGACACGAUUUAUCACCAUGGUAGUUGACAGGCGCCUCGAUAAUAUUCUCCGGAUCCUGCUACAGCCAGGCCAAGCAGAUCCAAACAGCGCAGAUGCUUCACGUGUUUACGCCUCGGCAGCAACAGUACUCGCAACCUUAACCAAUCCACUCAAUGUUUCUUUACUCUCGACCCAGAUAUUGAUUUCGCCUGCUAUAUGGGAGAAUUUUGACGGGCUUAAGGCAGGCCUGCGGGUAUUUGGGGUGUUUCAAUCAGCGACUCUAGGAAAAAUUGAGAAUCAAGACUCCAUAUCUAUAUUGAGUGUCGAGGAAUGGAUUAAUGCUAUAGUUCGGGGGGCAAAUAACAAUGGUAUUCUCAAUUUCUUCUUGGAAAUUGUCCUGCGCUAA